CUCACCUUCUUCUUCUUCUUCUUCUACCUUUCCCUCCCGCUUCCGAUUCCUCCACCUCCAUGACCUCCUCGUCGGCGGCGGCGGCGUUGGAGUAGUAACCGUGCAGUGGCGGGGGCGAAGUGUAGGUUGCGGCGGUGGCUGCGGCAGCGAUGGCGGCGCCCGCGUCGGCGGCUGCGGCGGCGGGGCUCGCGGGGAUGUCCACCGACAACGCCAAGGGGCUGGUCCUCGCGGUGUCGUCGAGCGCCUUCAUCGGGGCGAGCUUCAUCGUCAAGAAGAUGGGGCUCAGGAGGGCCGCCGACUCCGGCGUCCGCGCUGGAUAUGGAGGAUUUUCUUACUUAAUGGAGCCUCUAUGGUGGAUAGGCAUGAUUUCUAUGAUUGUGGGAGAAAUUGCAAAUUUUGCUGCUUAUGCAUUUGCUCCUGCUAUUCUUGUUACUCCUCUUGGGGCACUCAGUAUAAUCAUCAGUGCUGCACUUGCACACGCCAUUCUGCAGGAGAAACUACACACCUUUGGCAUACUUGGUUGUGUUCUUUGUGUAGUUGGAUCUAUCACAAUUGUACUCCAUGCUCCACAGGAGCGCAACAUCGAUUCUGUAAGGGAAGUUUGGGAUCUUGCAACUGAACCAGGUUUUCUUUGCUACGCUGCUAUAGUAGUUGCCGCAGCACUGGUGCUUAUAUAUUUUGUUGUCCCUCAACAUGGACAAACAAACAUCAUGGUGUACAUCGGAGUCUGUUCUCUUCUAGGAUCUCUCACUGUGAUGAGUGUAAAAGCUCUCGGCAUUGCAUUGAAGUUAACAUUCUCAGGAGUGAACCAGUUAUUCUAUCCUCAGACAUGGGCUUUUGCCCUAAUUGUAGCCACCUGUGUGAGCACCCAGAUAAACUAUCUAAAUAAGGCAUUGGACACCUUUAAUACAGCAGUUGUCUCACCAAUAUAUUACGUGAUGUUUACUUCACUAACAAUUUUAGCCAGUGUGAUAAUGUUUAAGGAUUGGGAUCGACAAAAUCCAACACAAAUUGUCACGGAGCUGUGUGGUUUUGUGACCAUCCUUUCUGGGACAUUUCUCCUCCACAAGACAAAGGACAUGACUGACAGUACUGGACCAUCUUUACCCACAAGUCGUUCAAAGUCGGCCAGCCAAAAUAGGUUUUCGAUUGAAGUCGUUCCAUUGAAAUACCGAGAUUCUGUGGACGAAGAGACCUUGCCAUUGUCACUUCCCAAAGCUGAUAAUCGCUACCUAAUGGAAGACUUUCCAGUUAGAUAUAAAGACUUGAAUAUUGCCUGAUAAAGAUAAUUCUUCGACAUCACAUGCUAGGAACCUUUCGGAAAAUUGGCGCCUCACACAAUGCUCAGACAUGACAUAACUUGAUGAUGAAGAACUGGAGGUGGAGCUUUUACAAAGUCUAUGCAUAUGACGAAAUUAUCUGUUGAUAACUCUUUUCUGGAUGAUGAUUGCUCUAAUAUGGAGGAAAACAGGGAUUGUUCCAACCUUAAAGCCAGUUGAAACUUGAGAGAAAGUUGUUCCAGAAUACCAGUUCUGGAAAAGAACAUGAAGUGCAGUUGCACAUGGUGGCAUCCUUUAAACUUUCUUUUUUUUUAAAAAAAAACAUAUUUUUAGGCAGUCAUGCAGUUGUGCUGCAAUUUGAGCUUACCUGAUUUUUCUAGGAAGAUGUAAAAUAGGGACAUCAGGCCUCCAUUUUUUAUUUUUUACCUGUACCUACCUGAUAAAACUGCUGCCCAACAUAGUUGUCAAUAUGUUGACUGGGACUGUAAGUAUCAAAUCAUACUUUUUUUUGACAGAUAACUGGUGGAUCUAAUGUUCAUAUUUCUGUCGUAAAUAAUUUGUUGAUGAUGCCUCA